AUUGGGUUGGGAAUUUCAUUCAACAAAAAGUGUCGAAGUGGUGUGUUUGCAUGCUGUUUUGUGUUGUUUUACCUAUUUCAUUAUUGCAGUGAACGUGGCAAAAGUACAAAGUUUAAUUUGAUUUAUUUAACAGAACAAAAAUGUCGAAAAGAUUGCAACCUAGUUGGUCCCCGCCUCCUACUACGAAUAAGCGACCUACUUUAAAACUAUUCAAUAGUUUAACUCGCCAGAAAGAAGAGUUUGUAUGCUCCAAUGGAAAUCAUGUAAAUUGGUACAGCUGUGGACCUACAGUGUAUGAUGCUUCCCACAUGGGUCACGCCAGGUCUUACAUAUCUUUUGAUAUAUUGAGAAGAGUUAUGUCAGAUUAUUUUGGAUAUGACAUUUUGUAUGUAAUGAAUAUCACUGAUAUAGAUGACAAGAUAAUAAAGAGGGCAAGACAGAAUUAUUUGUUUGAGAAAUAUGUACAAGAAACCAGAAGCCUAAACGUGACCAUAGAUGAUGCAACAUCUGUUGCAAAUUACUAUGAAGAAGUAGUUAAACAGACAGGUGACCCAGACAAAAAGAUUGCUAUGCAAAAGAUGUUAGAUAAUGUUGCUUCAGCAGUUAAAAACCUAAAAUCCUGUGUGGAAGAAAAGGAUGAUGAAAAAAUUAAAGUAGCAAAAUGUGAACUGUUGAAAUCUGCCAAGGACCCUAUAUCUGAUUGGCUGGACAGUAAGUUUGGAGCUACCGUGACUGACAAUGCUAUAUUUACAGCACUACCAAGACAUUGGGAAAAUGAAUUUCAUAAUGAUAUGAAAUCGUUAAAUGUAUUACCUCCAGAUGUAUUAACAAGAGUGAGUGAAUAUGUUCCUCAAAUCAUUACAUAUAUACAAAAAAUUAUAGAUAAUGGUCUAGCAUAUGAAUCAAAUGGGUCUGUUUACUUUAAUGUGGCAGAAUUUGAUAGCAGAGACCAACAUCAUUACGCUAGAUUAGUUCCUGAAGCUUAUGGGGACACAAAGUCUUUACAAGAAGGCGAAGGUGAUCUCAGCGACGACAGUAAUGAAAAGCGUUCACCUAACGACUUUGCUUUGUGGAAGCGCAGCAAAGCGGGCGAGCCGUCGUGGGCGUCGCCGUGGGGCGCGGGCCGGCCGGGCUGGCACAUCGAGUGCUCCGCCAUGGCCUCCGACGUCUGCGGGCACAAGCUAGACAUACACACCGGAGGGGUCGACCUCAAGUUUCCGCAUCAUGAUAACGAAUUGGCUCAGAGUGAGGCACACUAUGAUGAGCCUGGAUGGGUGAACUACUUCCUGCACACGGGCCACCUCACUAUAGCGGGCUGCAAGAUGUCUAAAUCCCUAAAGAACUUUGUGACGAUAUCUGACGCGCUGCAGCGGUACACAGCGCGCCAACUCCGCAUAGCCUUCUUGUUGCAUGGAUGGAAGGACACGCUCGAUUACUCUGACAAUACCAUGGAAAUGGCCAUACAGACUGAGAAACUUUUCAAUGAGUUUUUCCUGACCGUGAAGGACGCGGUGCGAAGCGGUUACGGCGCGGGGUGCGGCGGCGGGUGGGCGCCGGCGGAGCGCGCGCUCGCCGCUCGCCUCGCCGCUGUUCGCGAACGAGUGCACGCCGCGCUCUGUGACAACAUCGAUACACGCACCGCCGUCGACGCGUUACGUGAUUUGGUCGGCGCGGCGCACGUGUUCCUCCGCCAGAGUUCGCCGCACAACGCCCCGCUGCUCGUCACCGCCGCUAGAUACGUCACUGAUAUCCUACACAUAUUCGGCGCGGUUGAAGGCCCCAGGGGCGGCAUCGGAUUCCCCAUUUCUGACACUGAUAAUGUUUCCGUGGAGGAGAUAGUGAUGCCGUACCUGGAAGCGCUGAGCACGUUCCGCGCGGAGGUGCGCGAGGCGGCGCGCGCGGCGCGCGUGCGCGACGUGCUGGCCGCGUGCGACGCGCUGCGCGACCGCGUGCUGCCCGGGCUCGGCGUGCGGCUCGAGGAUAAGGCGGAUCGCACAGUGGUCAAGCUCGUGAGUAAAGAAGAGCUGAUGAAAGAGAGAGAAGAGAAGAAGCGAGUAGAAGCAGAGAAGCAGCGUAAGAAACAAGAGUUGUUGGAAGCCCAGCGCGCUAAAGAGGAGCAGAAGAAAAUACCUCCCUCGGAAAUGUUCCGACGAGAGGCUGACAAAUACUCCAAGUUCGACGACAAGGGUUUGCCAACGCAUGACCACGAAGGCAAAGAGCUCAGUAAGGGGCUCGUGAAGAAGCUGCAGAAACUGCAACUAGCGCAGGAGAAAAAGUAUAACGAGUAUUUGAGUUCCGUCAAUGCCUGCUGAUGACUGCCAACGCAUGAACUGAAUAUUAGGUAAUUUUGCAUUUAUAUCUAUGCGGCUUAAUCAAAUAUUUGUUUUGUCUAUAGAUAGACCAAUAAUUUCUUGUUAUGAAAAAAUAACUCUUCUAUCAUUCUCUUUAACACCUUAUUAAACUUAUGAAAGUUACAGCUAUAUGCAAGAUUCCCACAAGGUUUCUUUAAUUUCGUGCAAUUAUUUUAAUUUGAUUAACCAUCGCGAACAUAACGCACUACUUAAAAAUGGAACAUGAUAAGUGUAAAAUUUAAAAA